UUCCCUUUUUCUCACUCUCUCACUCUCUCUCUUUUCUUAUCGAUAAAGAACUAUGACUCAAUACAAACUCCCCAACACACCGUUAUUCGCCAAAGCCAUAACCUAUGCCCAACAUCCCAAUGGACCAGCUAUAGACGAUAUACGCGCCGGAAAGGCAUUCUCUUAUUCAGAGCUGGUGUCUGCAACCUGCCUUUUGCGCGAAAAGCUCCUUGACAACUCAGAGGAUCUUAAAGAGCAACGUGUAACUAUUCUUUGUCCAAGGUAAAUAAAGAAUUCUACGCCUGAAUGAAGGAAAAUUGAUGAACAUGGUUGUAUUUCACGCGUAUAGUGGAUUCGCGUAUGUUGUAGCACAAUGGGGCAUAUGGGCCGCUGGAGGUGUCGCUGUACCAUUAUGUACGACGCAUCCGCUUCCGGAACAACUUUACACGGUCCAAGACUCGCAAGCAACUUUAAUUAUUGGCCACCCUGUUUUUUCCGACCGUGUGAGCCAACUUGCACAAGAAACCGAUAUCCCGUUUAUUACUAUCAACGACGAUGAAUUGCUCAAGUGGGGUCAACAGGCAAUUAAUGCCGAGACAUUCGAUAUGGAUAUGGAGCGACGGGCCAUGAUUCUCUAUACCAGUGGAACAACAGGAAAACCAAAGGGCGUUGUCACCACGCAUAAAAAUAUUGAUGCACAAGUAUCCGUACUAGUGGAAGCCUGGUACUGGUCUGCAACGGAUCGCAUCCAUCAUAUCCUGCCCCUACACCAUGUUCACGGUAUUAUCAAUGCCCUUUCUUGUGCAUUGUAUGCUGGCGCAACAGUGGAAAUGCAUCAGAAGUUCGACGCAGUACAAGUAUGGGACCGAUGGUUAUCCAGUGCUCCUCCUGCUUCAUCCAAUGGCAGUAGCGGUGAAAACGGUGAUGAUGAUCAGCAACAAGAUAUUCCAUCAAGACCUCGUCUUUCGAUUUUCAUGUCCGUUCCUACAGUUUAUGCCAAGCUUGUAAAGCAAUAUCAAUCGUACUCUGAGGCUGAUCGACCUGCAUAUUCUAAUGCAUGUCGACAGUUCCGAUUUAUGGUAUCCGGAUCUGCAUCUUUGCCUACUCCUUUGCGAGACACUUGGCGUAAACUUUCCUGUGGGCAGGUUCUGUUAGAACGUUAUGGCAUGACAGAGAUCGGCAUGGCUCUUAGCCAAUACUAUCCUGUUUCUGAGCGCGUCGAGGUUCGCCUUAUGGCUGAAUCCGAAGAUGGAUCGGGCGUAUUUGACAAGGAUGUCACGGAUUCGCGUGAUAUUCCAGGUAUGGUCCAGAUCAAAGGACCGAAUGUUUUCAAGGAGUACUGGCAGCGACCAGAUGCCACUGCCAAGGAGUUUACAGAAGACGGAUGGUAAGGGUUAUCGGCAGGAUGCCACUUUUUACGUCAAACAGAGAAACUUUUUCUGUAUGUAACAAUUGUGAUUACUUUUAUACAGGUUUAUAACGGGCGAUUAUGGUAUGCGAACAACUCAACAAGGCUACUUCCGAAUCCUUGGUAGAGCUAGCGUCGAUAUUAUCAAGACCGGUGGCGAAAAAGUAUCUGCUUUGGAAAUCGAGCGU